CAGGACACCAGCGAAAAAAAACGUAAAAGAUUAUCCCGCUCCUCGCCAUGCCCGCGCCUGCUGUCUUUUCUCAAGAUGUCCGAAUCAACCCCUCUCCUUCCCAAACAUGCGCCGUCGAGCCAAGGACUGUCGUGGCACACGCUGACAACUCUGUUCCUCGCCGUGCUGGUGGUGUGUCUCAUGGAGACGGGGGGCGUCAUGGAAUCGAUCCCCUUGGCAGAAAUAACAGAGGAUAUUGUAUGCAGAUCUUACAUUUCUCAAAGUGAGAGUCUGGCCGGGAGCGCGGCGGCUGAGGACCGGUGCAAACAGCCAGAUGUGCAGGCAGAUGUAGCCAAUAUACAGGCGUGGCGGUCGACAGUAGAAACUAUCCCGUCGCUGCUUCUGGCUGUGCCGUAUGGUCUGCUGGCAGACAAGUACUCGGCGAGCAAGAUUCUUGCGCUGUCUGGUCUGGGAGGCGCGCUGGUCAUGAUGCUUGAUUUAUUCAUCUGCUUAAAUGCAGCCACAGUGUCUGUCAAGUUGCUCAUCCUUUCCCCGCUGCUUACUGUAGUUGGCGGCGGCGGCGGCGUCUUCAUCGCCAUGAUCUAUUCUAUUAUCGGCGAUACUACGACUGCCACAAACAGGGCUACUGUAUUUUCGCUCAUGUUCUCCGGCGUACUUGUCGCUAAACUCAUCGCCACCGCGCUGACAUACUAUACAAUGGCGGUAUCUACAUGGCUGUGCCUUUAUACCUCGAUAGGUGUCAGCUUGGUUGCUAGUAUCAUCUCUUAUUUUAUACCCGAGUCUGGUGCCGGAGCGCCCAAGUCGCGAUUCAAUGGGAAGACGCCGCCACAGUCACUCUUCGACCUCGACGAUUUGACGAUACGCGACCGCCUCAACAACCUAGUAUACAGCAUCAAGGCUGCCGUCCGAUGGGCAUGUGUUGAGAACCGAUCUGCCGCAUUGGUGACCUCGACACUCAUUCUCACAUCGCUGGGCGGCUACGCCAAGAUCCUCGAACUGCAAUACAUUACAAAACGAUACGGCACAUCCUGGCCCGAAGCGGCAAUGCUGCUCAAUUCGCGCACAAUUACGUCACUAGUGCUAUUUAUUGCGGUGAUUCCAGCAAUCUCUCAGUAUCUGACGAAGUCGUUGCGAUUGACGCCGACGCAAAAGGACCUGCUUCUUGCGCGGGUGUCGAUCCUCUUCAAUGUUCUUGGGUGCGUGAUCGUUGGUCUGGCAAUCAAUAUCCCAAUUGUGGUCAUUGGAACAGUUGUCAUGUCGUUUGGCUCCGGGUUUAUCGUUUCGUGCAUGAGCCUGGUGUCGUCGCUUGUCCCCGGCGGCAAGUCGAGCUCGCUAUAUACCGUGAUUGGGCUGAUGCAGAGCGUCGGCAUCUUAAUCUCUGGGCCAAUUAUUGCGGCAAUCUUUAAACUUGGGUUGAACAUGGGCGGCAUAUGGAUUGGUAUGCCAUAUAUCGUUGUUGCGGGAACCUACGGAUUAACAUUUGUGAUCUUGGGCUUUGUAACCCUCGAUGGGCGCGAAAAUAGAGGCGAUGCCGAGUCUGUCUACGAAAUGCCCCUGCGUGACAACAUUAUAGAGACACAUAGUAUUUACUCAUAAUUAUAAAUCAUUUUCUUAUCAGCAA